AUGUGGUGUCGUAGGUUAACAUUUUGUGACAUUAACAGGAUCCUGUUCAGCAGUAGCGGUGUUCGGCGUCAGAUAGUUCGCACAAGAGUUAGUAUGGUUACAGGGGGAGACGUUGUCGAGAGGCUCGAAAAGCGUGCGGUUGAAGCAGAGGAAACGAUUUCUUUGUUGAAGUCUCAGUUGCUCUUUCUCCAAAAAGCCGCAGGUUUGUGAAGAAAACAGCAACAGGGAUGUAGUCAAGAUUUUGAAUAGUUCGAAUUGAUAAAGAAUAUGAUAAGAUUUUCCUAUAACCCCAUACAUUUAUUAUCUAUGCAGCAAUUUCACACAAAUACUUGAUAUGAAUAGAAUGGAAACAUGUCUGCAUCAUAAUAAAUUAUGUAUGGGGCUGUAUGGAAAUUUUACCGGGGGGGAGGGAUCUGGGAGCCUGAAAGUUCCUGAGAUUUUUAGUUCAUUUGCAGAGGUACAAUCUGGUGUACCGUAAACAAUCAAAUUAGCCACCCUCUUAAUGAGUGCCCUGUUCCCUUGCCUUAUCUUAAGAUUAGCCCCCCUUUUGACUCAAAAGUAGCCUGUGAACAGGCUCUCGGUUCUUUUUGGGGAAAAAAUUCUUUUUGGGGAAAAAAAUAGCAAGGAAAGGGAAGGGAAGGGCUUUUCCCUCUCCCCAGUUCCCCGCUCGACCAAAGGUCUGUUCACAGGCUAGCUCAAAAGUGAAAUAUUAAACUUGGCAGGUGUUAUCUAAACAAGAUGACGAAAAUUUUCAGUGCAGCGCACCACAGUCUGCUUUGUAAUUUGGAAGUGACAAGGUAUUCGGUUCACACCAGGUAUAUUUUUUUGGUUUCCCUCAACAUUUUCCAAUAUUUUUUGCACACUUUGCUGUAAAUCUUUCUUUUAUGGUUUUGUUUACGAAUGUCUUUUCAUUUUGAAUAUUGUCCAAAAUGGUUAUUUUGACUGCAACCUAAAUUUUUAUAAAUUCCACAAAUUCCUUAAUAGUUAUCCAAAAGAAGAUGCAAUAUUUCAAAACCCUAGACAUGUGUGAUUUACAUCCAAAAAUUUCAUGUAUUGUUACUAAAUAUUUCCAAUGUUUUCACAUGACUAAAAUUUGCAAAAAAAAUGCUUUAAUUAGCUUUAAUACCUUAAUACUUGGUUUAUAUUUCACUUUUCUUUGAUUUUAGGGUCGGAUUAUUCUACGAUAAUGAGUUUGAAACAAAGGAAAGUAAAUUUUAUAACAAGGAUAAAAUUGAACGGGAAGAAAUAUAAACAAUAAGUUAAAAAAGCAAAAUUUAUUAUAGACAACUGUCAGGGAAUUUUUGAAGAACACGAUGACACAGCUUUAAGUGUUGUUCAUAAAUUCUACAAAACUGCCUUUCAAAAUGACAGUUCAUGUUGUAGUCUUUGCCAAGUUAUUUAAGACUGUAUUAUUCACUAAAAAGCUCUAUUUUCCUUUAUUAUUUAGAAAGAAAAUCAAAGCCGACUGGUAUUAAGGUUUGUUUACUUUUAACUUUCUGUGGUAAUUAAAUAACUUGUCAGUAUAUUAAUAAUUUUAAAUGGGAAUUUAUUCUGAAAAUCAGCUUGUCCUGAGGGCUAGAUGUUCCUCUAGCAUUGCUGGGCUAGAGCUCUGAGGAUUUCGCCUACCCUGUAGUCAAGGUUGUCAGAGAGUUUUGAAGUAGACAGCAGAGCUGUCAAAGUAAGCGGCCAGUCCAGGGCUCAAAGUUUAAAUUUGAUUGUGGGAGCACUUGUACUACCGGAUGUAAAUUUUUAGGCGCACAGCUGAAGAUUUUAGGAGCACAGCUUAUAAUGUGGGGAUCAUCUAUUUCAAAAGAAAAAGUAAAAAGCUUAACAGUGCCACGUUUAUUUGUCAUCUUCAGUUUGUUACUUUUACUUCAGUCCUGUGACUGAUAAAACACAGCCAAUUUGCUACACAGUAAUACUGUUGUGAUUUUUAAUACUAAUUUCUCUUUUUCACAGUACAGUUGAGACUAAAGAAAACUUACACUUGAAAAACAAUUCAAAACUGACAACAAUGAGUGUGUCGAACAAGAAUGAAAAUUAAUCUUUAAUGAAUUUGCUAAAUGUGCAAUGACUUACAUGAAGCUGGGAUAUGACUUAAAAAACUUUCUUACCUGGAAAAAAAGGCUCUUAAUCCACACUGUUUUUGUUUUGAUUGAUGUUAAAGCUGAAGGUUCGCCAUGAUUGUCCAUUACGCAAAAAGUACGUGUUUCGUUCAUAGCAUAUAUUUGCAUGUGUCAGCGGUGUUUAUUACAAAACAGAAGAGUCUGGGAUGGAGUAAAACGUCGAAACGAAAAAGAACAUUCGAGUUCGUAGAAUCCAUUGGGAGAAAAGACCAAUUAAACAUACACCUUCUUUCUAGUUUGAGUUCGUAAGUAUAGGCGGAAGUAAGUCAGUCGCACUGUGCUUUGGGUUUUAUGGCACACAGGUGCGAUUACACAUGAAUUUUUAGGCGCACAACCAAAAAUCUAGUAGCAUAUGCGACCAGUUAGUCGCUAACUUUGAGCCCUGCAGUCCAGGGAUAUUUUAUUUUAAACAAUGCCAUCCCUAAAGAAAUACUAAGCAGAGUAGCCGACUGAUUCUAAACAACUAGACGGCGAUUUUUGCCGGCAGCCAGCUACUUUUGACAACCCUAUGUAGUUAGUAAUAAAUUUCUCCAUAACCCAUUCACCACUUUUCACUAGCUUAAAUGUUCCCAUUUAGCAAAUUAUAGCUUUCUAAGUUUGGAUAUACCCUAAAGGCAUUUUUGAUGGGUUAAAAUAAAAGCUUAAUUGUUUGUCCUUUUUAUUGUUUUGUGUUCUCUUAGGACCGCAUUUCAGCUCUUAAACAAGAGAAUGAGCGUCUGAAGCAAGAAGCUGACAAACUGAAAGCAGAGCUGGAGUACUGGGAAGUUAGGAAUGGAUGUAAGUCAUCAUGAGUAUCAAACAUGGGAAAUAAAAAUCUGUGAAAGAUUACUCCAGAGGAUUUCCUUUACAAAUUUGAAAAUAUUUUUAUUACAACCUGCAUUUUGAUUAAGUCUACAUACAGAUAUUAAUUAUUAUUAAUUACUAAUAAUUACAGUAAUGAAGGGCUACCUUGAGUAAAGCCUGCCUAGCCUGAGAAAACGUACAACAUUUCGUGACACCACCAACGGUUUCCCCACGAAUUGACAUCUGAGAAACGAGCACAGAAAUUCGAUAUUGAGGACACGUCACUACCCAGAUCUGGGUAGUGCUUCUGAUUGGUUGAAGCAAAUUUCACAAGCGGCACAACCAAUAGAAGCACUACCCAGAUCUGGGUAGUGACGCAUCGUCAGUAUAGAAUUUCUACGCUCCUUUCUCAGACAUCAAUUCGCAGGGAAAUCAUUGGUGGCAUCACAAAAUGUCAUCUGUUUUCUCAGGCAAAGCCCUGUAAGUGACCUUUGAUGAAUUUCUAAAUUCUCCUUCAGUUUUUCUUGUAUUGUGCUCGUGAUACAAAGAGAAAAUGUGACAUUAGGUCAGCUGUCACCUAGGGCUUUUUCCGCUUCAUUAUAUUGACUGUGAGAGUGAAAAGUGCUUACACUGUAUCUGUGGGGACAUUACAGAGAGAUUACUCUUCACGUUUACACCAAAUGGCAAAUGUGAAUUUGUACCAUGUGACCAAGUUUUCCCCUUAUUUUUUGUUUACUUUUUAUUUCUUCUACACAAAAAUAAGUGGCUUUAUGCCAGUUUUUUCCAUAAGAAUCAUUUGGGACUGUUUUUAUCUGCUUAUUUUCUGUUCUGACAAAUUCUCAACUUGAAUCUGAUGUUUGCCGUUUACAGUUCAAUUUAAAUCUUAAUCUCUCUAGUGAAACAGGUUGCACUUCCAAAUGCCAAGCAAGCAGCAUCUUGUGAGGUUCAAAUGAUGGAGCAAAUGGCAGCUGCUGAACCAGCAGAAGUUAAACCCACAGAAAAACCAGAAGAGAAACCACCAGCAAAGAAACCCAAAAAGGAAAAAGCAGAGAAAAAAGGAAAGGACAAGAAUGCUGGUAAAGAAGGUAGGAAUAAAUAUCUGCGGUAGGAGUUGAUUUUUAAUUAAGGGCUUUGGUCAUGGUUAUUGGGAGAGGGAGGUGGCAUAAAGAGCAUUUUAUGCGUUAAUUUCAACUUGGUGAUUGAAUUUUGGCCACCGCAGCAUUCGCUGCUUUUGAGAGAUACUGCUGAAAAUUUACAAGUUACCUUUUUUUUUAAUAUGGUCUUUCAGCUGCUACUAAAUUGAUUUUUCUAAAAUGAAUAAUGCAUUUUAGAAUGAACUAUUGUGUUCUUGUCAGUAGAAAGUUGGUCAUGUGACAAACUAUUGCAAAAGGCCUUUUUUUUUUAUUAAAAUAAUAUUAUUUGAGGUACACUGGGAGGGGUUGAGAUCUGCUCUAACAAAACCCGUAUUGGUACUUGAAAUAAUAGUAUUAAAAAUAAUGUUAAUCUUUUGAAUCUCUUUACAAUGGCUGAAUUAGAAAUUUAUUUUAUUUACUCAGUUCUUGUGCUUCACUUCCCCAUUAAAUUAUUGUUGGAACCCCUGAAUAUUAUUUCUUAGAAACUGGCCCAUUUAGACCACCUCAAUUCAUUUACUGCCAGGAGGGACAGGUUGCUGUUAUUGAGUAAUGACCAGCUGCUGUAUUCUUAGGCCACCACUAGAGACUUCAGAUUCUAUGGCAAGAACGACUACGAGCACAAGAUUUCGCUUAAAGUUUUUCACGUAUUCUCAAAUAAUAGACACCCCUGGAAAGCUCCAUUGUACUUCUUCUUAGCCAAAAAAAUAUCGUUAAUGUUAUCUUUAUUGAAGGAGAUUAAGCCAUCCCCCGGCCGCAAAUGAUAAAGCCUCUAACACUUUAUAACUUGUUUCUGCUACCACGACAUUCUUGCUAAAAUUUGUAGAAGAAUGAUAAUGACUAUCAUGUUUUCCCACCAAAGUGAUGCUGGUUCAUAUGCAAGCACUGCUUAGUAUUGAGAAAAUCUCUUACUCGUAGUCGUACUCUUUUUAGAAUCUAAAAUCUAUUUAUUCAGCAAUGAUACAGUUAAACACCAUUAAUACAGACACUGAAAGGGCCGUAGAAAGUGUCUGUAUUAAGCAGGCUGAAUCUAAAGAAAAUGAAGGACCCUCUUUCCCCCAGGACAAAGUAAACUGUCCAGAAUAAUGUGGUGUCCAUAUUAAGUGGGUGUCUGUAAAGUGGGGUUCAACUGCAAUAACAUUUUCAAAGGGGUUGUGUCAUAGCAGUCCUGUUCAUUUUGUUUAAUUUUGCCAAUUACUCUCCCUCAAUUGCUAUGGAAAUUAAAGUAAGCAAAGAAAUUACAGGUAAAUGACAAAAUCAGAGAUCCGAGACAAACAAAUAUGUCUCCUGAAUAUUAUUUUUGUAGUUGCAAACAGCAGGGAUCAAGUUUGAAAAACUGUUAGGCUGAACAGUUUUCAAAAACCUUAAUUUCAAUAUCCACUUCAGUCUUCUUCAGUUUUGCCCAUCCUUGGCAUCUGUUGUUUCUGCUAUGUUAUUUUAACCUUCCUUUAAAGUUUUAAGCGGUUAUUUUUAUGUUUCUCUUAAUUUAAUGGGCAUUUUGUAAUUUCCUAAUUAUUUGGCUGAAUUUUGUGAUACAGCUCCCUUAAGUGUGUGAAAAUUCCAUUUUAUUCAGAACAACCUGGCAGUACAGAGCCUGAUGUACAUCAUAUUGACUUCCGUGUGGGUAAAAUUUUGUCAGCCAAGAGACACCCAGAUGCUGAUACGCUUUUUGUGGAGGAAAGUAAGCAACAAAUUAUUUAUUGUUGUCAGCUAAGCACUUUUUGUAAGAUAUUGUAAAAAAAAUGUGUGCUGUUGCAUUACUCAAAGAAACUGGUGUUUCCACCUAAAUGAACAGACCCUCCCAAACACAUUUUCCUUCCAUUUUGACUACCGCUGUGAUACAGCGUCCCAUUCUUGGAGUUGUUUUUUAGCUGAUGUGUACUGAAUUAAGAGCCUGAUUUUAAGUGUCAUAUUUCCGAAACUUACACUUUCCUCAUUCUGAUUUCAGGCCUGAGUACUAGCUUAAUGUUACUGUUUUUUUUUCUUUUGUCCCUCGGUGAUUGUAACUUAUGUUAUUUUUAUUACUAUUUUUCUUUACAGUUGAUGUGGGAGAGGAAACACCCAGAACAGUUUGCAGUGGACUUGUUGGAUCAGUUCAACUGGAAGAGCUUCAGGUGCACACCGUACAACCAUUUCUGUAUUAGUGUGCAACCAAACUCUCAAUAGAAGGCAUGAGCAAGCUGCGUUUGGAACAAGGGGCAGAGGAUAUUUUUAAUGAUCAUAGAUUGUACUCACCAUGUGUCUUCUCAUUGACUAAGAGCCUACAGUUGAUUUUGAAAAUCAGCUCAACCUACGGAUUUGUUAGUUAUCUUAUAGCAGAUUACCGACUAAUCUGUAGGUUCAGCUCCAUAAUGCAUGAUUUCCAAAAGCAAUGUCAAAUCGGCUCCUUGUGACGGGUUUUGCUGUUUUUUUCUUAAAAAACAAGGUAUAAUAUUUUUUAAAAACAGUUAUUUGAUUUGGUUUUUGUGAUAUCCGGAAUAAUCAAGAUCUUGGUAAGUAUUAUCAGCCUCAUCCUUUGGCUCAGAUGAAAACAGUUACCUUAACCUCAACUAUUCUGAAUAUCACAAAAACCUCAUCCAAUAAAAUAAUUAUUGUAUAUAAUACUGUUCCUGCCCCUCAGUUUUGCAUGCCACUCAUGUGUGCCUUCUUUGGACAAAUGCAGUAAUUAUUUUUUUUGCUUUGUGACCUAAGAGGUUUGUGUCAUUUUUACUAACUUCAAUUUCUGUGUCUCCAAACUUAGGAUCGUAUGGUGAUAGUCAUGUGUAACCUCAAGCCAGUCAAGUAAGUGUGGUCUUUAGAAAUUACGCCCAGAUCAAAUGUUGAACUUUUCAUGUACCAAUCCUAAUCCCUUCAAUCAAGUACAUGAAAAGAUCGACAUUUGAAUAAUUUAAGUCCAGCAUAUCUAAGUUGGGUCAACCCAUUCAGUUUGAGUGACCCACUUGGGAAUGACUGAGGAGUGACUUCGUUUUGAAUGCCAAACUUUUCAUGUGCCAAACGUAAUGCAUAAAUUACUGUAAUUUAUUUUCAUUGGUAAACAUUCUACACCAUUGUCUAUUGUGAAAAUGAAUUGAUUCCAACUAUUUAAGUUCGACAUCUUAAUCGACUGUCAAACCUACAUGUACGUGUAUAUCACUUGGGUCAACCAAAUAGCGAUUCAGUUUGGUACAUGAAAAGCUCGAUGUUUUAACUGGGCGUAAGGCCCUUUAAAAAUGCUCCAUUUCCUUGGCACAAUGAAUUAUCAUAGAACAAAUUUCACAUUGUUAUUUUAACUCCAAUUAUUAAUAUACAUGUAAUUGUACCCUGCCUUCAGCUUUAUCUUUAGAAGUUUUAUAAAAAAUGUAUCUUUACAAUAUUAUUAUAAAAUGUAUGUAAAAAUGUAUCACAAAAUUAUAAAAAUUAAGUUAAAAGAAGUUUUUGAUCACGUGCUGCAGGAUGCUUUGGUGUCAGCUGUAGGCAGACAGAUCUUUGGCUGAAGACAGAAACUGGAAACAGAGCAUGAAAAUUCUCUGGCACCAAAGUGUACAUUUACAAAAACCCAUUUAAACCCUUCAGUUUUCUUUCUAGGGAGUAUGAAGUCAUGGCCCCUAUCUUUAAGAGUCCAUUACAUUUAGGUAGAAGCAAGUCAUACAAUACAUGACCAGUAUCUUCAGUGAUUCUGUUGAACUGAUCACGGUCCCUAGUCUUUAUAUCAUCAGAAAUAAAAAGAUCUUAUUUCUUAAGCCAAAAUGAUAGGCACGCCUAAUAAAGUUGUCAAUCAAUCUAACUAUUUCCCCUGAAAGCUUGAGCCCCAUUCCUCUUCCAUCUUCCACUUUGGUCUGCUGUUUUGCUGGCUGGUUAUAUUCUCAUUUAACCAACCUUUGUUGUUGGGUGAAAACAUGAAUGUUGCACUUGCUGUUAAAAAAUGUAAUUGCUGGUGACCAGAUGAGACUGCAAUCCUAAUCUCCAGGGCCAAGUUGUUCAAAGCUGGCUUAAGAUAACCCAGGGUUAAUGCGAAACUUGAAUUCAGAGAUGAAAGCUUAAAAAGUAAAUUUUUAAUUCUUUUGUCAACAAGUUGAUGAUUGAAUGCUCUUAACAAUAGUAGUUAAAAUUAUCCGAGAAAAUUAUGUUGAACAAAAGAAACUUGGCUUAAAUUUAAUCCUGGGUUAAGCGCUAAUCGGCCUUCGAACAACUGGGCCCAGGUUGCUACUGUGCAUGCACAGCACAUAGCAAGCUUUCGUUUGCACUUCCACUAAGAAUGAAUGGAAUGCAUAGAACACUUUCUGAUCACAGGUUCCCCAAGCUCACGAGUGAGAAACGUUGUUGCAUAGCAGAAAUAUUAUAAGGGUUUGUAAGGGGAUUUAAGCGAUCGUUAUUAAUGGGGUCAAAAAUAGUAAUAAAAAUACAUCAGAAUUUCUUGCCUUGUGUCCUUGUCUAAAUUUAUGGUGUUUUCUUUGCAUUUUUUGCCGUUUCAUGGCGAUUCCAGCGAGUUUCAGUUCUGCUGUAAUGGACGCAUUUUAUGUAUUGGUUUAUUUUAAUCUCUUUUUUUUUUCUCUUAGAAUGCGAGGCAUUAUGUCUCAAGCUAUGGUGAUGUGUUCAGCUAAUGAGGACAGGUCGAAGUUUGAACUCCUUGAUCCUCCAGCAGGUUGUGCACCUGGAGACAGGGUUACAUUUGAAGGAUUUCCAGGAGAACCUGACAAACAACUAAACCCCAAGAAAAAGGUGAAUACUGCUACAGUCAACUACGGCUAUAACGGACACCCCGAUAAUACUAGCCUCCCACGCAGGCGUUAUUAGGGGAGCUCGUUUUUCAUCCCUCCCCAAAAGGAGAAAUGAAAGACGAGCCCCCCCUAAAAACGCCUGUGUGGGAGGCUACGAUAAUACAGACAGCAGCUAAAUCCCAGACAAAAAUAAAUUACAGACGUUCGACCGAAAUCAACUCCCGCUAUUACGGACACUCGCUUAUGAGGACACUAACUCGAGGUCCCUACAGUGUCCGCUAUAAAAGGAGUUGACUAUAGCAGGAGUUUAUUUCAGUCAAACAUCUGUAAUUUAUUUUAGCCUGGGAUUUAGCUGCUGUCCGUAUUAGUUUAGGUAAUAGCAUGAUUUGUAGUGAUAUUUGGCAUAAAUACCACAAGUGGUAUUUCGAAAUUGUUACACGUAAUUUCACGAGCCGUUUAGGCGAGUGAGAUUUGAGACCAUUUUGAAAUAUCACAAGUGGUAUUUAUGCCAAAUAUCACAUACAAAUCAUGCUAUUAUUUGUUUAUACUACUACCCGCAGAAGGUUUGUAAUUUUCACAUGUAGGUUUUUAAAAUUAAGCUGAAAUACCAAUGAGAACGCUAACUCAAGGUCCCCCCAGUGCCCGCUAUAAAGGGAGUUAACUGUCGUACUUUCUCUGAAAUAACCCUAACGUGUUCAAGACGCAUUGUUAAGAUUUCUUAAAAGGGUAAGCGUUAAAAAAACUCAAGCUAUUUUUCUUGCACAUUUGCUUAUCCUGGAUGGCGGGCGUCGAAGGGAGAGGGAAAGGGGAAUUGAGGGGCGCGCGGAACCUGAAGGGAGCACGCCCGUCGCGUCAACCUCGUAUCCGGCCCAUUUUUUAAGGGAAUAGCCCUGGGGACGAGGUUGGCAUCGAGUUCGCGCGCAUGCAUCGCUACGCAAGGUGAAAUUUAAGCCCUUUUACAGCACGUCUGGGAUCAACAGUAGGAAAAUGUACCUUCCUUUUGCAUUGCUUCACUACUUUGCUUAUCCGUGGUAAUCUUGUUCCCUGAUAUUAAAAACACGUUAAAAAUCGGAAAUCAGGUUUCCCUUAAUGCGUACUGCUAGCUAGACUAUUCACAGCCCUCUAUUUUUCCGUAAGAGCGUUGAGAACGAGUGCUACAGGUGGCCGUCUUGAGCGAGGUUAGCUCAAAGAUGAUCACUAAAGUGGCGGGGAACGAUUUGGGAGGGGCGAGAAAAAUAUCCCCCGCCACCAUAAACCACGACCCCCGCCCCCUCGGUAUAUUUGAAACCAAUUACAAAAUGGCUGCCACUGACGGUGAGUGCGCGAUUUCGACAAUUUCACGGAAUAAAAGGGGACUGUGAACAGUGUAACUGCUUUCCAACUAUCCUCAAGACCAUCGUUCUGCAAUCUAACGGAAGAGCAAAUGGGUUUCUUUACUAAAUGUCUCUGAUUUACAGCUUUAGAGGACUUUUUAAAGACGUGACAAUGUACUAUGAACAUUUUUUAUUCUUGUAGAUCUGGGAGCAAGUGAAACCUCACCUACGAACAAGCGCUGCUGGAGUUGCGUGCUACAAGGAUGUGCCGUUUACUGUAACCGGAAAAGGAGUGUGUACAUCAUGUUCCUUAAAAAAUGCUACAGUUUGUUGA